AUGCGAGUGAAGGACCUAGCUGAAACAGCACCAUUAUCAUGGGAGAUACAACAGCGCCUUGAGAACCAGCUUCUAAAUAUGGAGCAUCGUACUUAUCUUUGGCUAUAUUUAGCCAUGGAAGACAUUCGAUCUACAUUUGAGAAUAGCCUUUGGCCUGCUGAAGAAUCAAUUCAAAUGAUACCUCCUUCGGUGAAUGAGGCAUACAAAAAGAUUCUUAGCCGGGUACCUUCAAACCAGAAAGGUACCGUGAGAAAAGUCUUACAGAUCAUUGUGGGAGCACGACGGCCUUUAACAACAGCGGAACUGGCAAUGGCGCUUGGUUUGGCUCUCUCCCCACAGUCACAUGCGGCAGCACAUGCUGGAAUAGAUCUAUUACAACUAGAGAAGAAGCUCCGUCGUUUAUGUGGUCUUUUUGUUUUCAUUAAUAACUCCAAGAUCUACCUUAUCCACCAGACAGCGAGGGAAUUCCUUAUCCAACAGGCAAGUUCGAACGAUCUCAGAUUUGCAUACGCAUGCGGCCUAAGCGAUACCGAGAACCUAAUGGCUCUUAUCUGCGUACAAUACCUAUUAAUAAUGGACUUGGAAGAGCGAGAAACGGAGCUGCAUGCGUCCCAGAGCUUUUUGGAAUAUUCAGCAGUGUAUUGGGCCGAUCAUGUACGAAACAUGACUUUCCUUUCAGACCAGGAUAUGACUGAUCGGCUAAAUCGAUUAUAUGAUACAAGUGAAAAGCUAUUUGGGCUAUGGUUUCCAAUCUUUUGGAGGGAAAGAGAGCGAUCAUAUGAUCAUAUUCCUAUACUGACUCCACUACAGCUGGCGGCAUAUAAUGGUCAUGAGCAGCAAGUUAGCGCAUUAAUUGCUACAGACAACUGGGAUGUCAAUACACCAGAUGAUACCGAGAUAUACCCGAUCAUAUGGGCUUCACUGAAUGGGCAUGAUAAAACCGUUCAGAUACUUCUAGAGCAAGGAGCCGAUAUCAACGCUACGAGUGGACCUUACAGAGAUGCCCUUCAGGCUGCUUGUGAUGCUGGACACGACAAGAUCGCACAGAUGCUGCUAGAGCGAGGAGCCGAUGUCAACGCCCAGGGUGGAGAUUACGGAAAUGCUCUUUAG